AUGAUUCCAUUGUACGCCAGUUUCUCAGCAGUAGAUCCUCUGAGGAUCACCGCCAGCGAGAAGCGAUUUUGCCAAAUCAAAGCGAAGAGCGCGUCGACGUGCCGCGCGAAAUUAAACGGUGAACCAACAUCCGGGAAAACCAUUGUAAACCGAAGCUGUGAUAAUUUACCAUGCGCCAGAAGAUCGAUAGAAACGAUAGAAAAGACGCAGUCCAACGAAAUACAGCGGAAGACGCCGAAGGCACCUGUAAAAUGUGACCACUGUGGUGAGCAGUUUCGCCGCAAGUCGCAGCUCGCGAUGCACAUGAAAACGUACAAGUACGACUGCGACUACUGCGAGAAAGCAUUCCGACUGAUCAGAGACUUACGGUUGCAUUGCAAGGAGAAGCACGGUGCGGCGGAGACGAGGAUGCACCGGUGCACCGGCUGCGAGUACAAGACCUCGAACAAGGCGUCGUUGCGGGACCACGUGACCCGCAAGCAUACCAACAAUUAUCCGCACGGUUGUCCGAUUUGCCUGAAAAAAUUUAAACUGAAGACUGAUCUGAGACAGCACACCAGGCAGGUGCACAGCGACGCGCCCGCCGUGAUAUGUCCCGUUUGCGGUAAUUCUUAUAAAAGUAACAACAGCCUCACGCAUCACAUGAGGAGCUGCCAUAAUAAACAUCCAUUCAAGUGUAGCAUGUGCAAACGUUGCCUGUCCACUCAGAAGAUUCUGGACCAGCACAUGUUGUGGCACAAGGAGAGGGAGAGGAUGGUGUGUCCGAUAUGCGGCAAGACGAUUUUAAGUUCCAUCAUCGACAGGCACAUGCGGAUGCAUACGGGCGUGAAGCCGCACCAGUGUCCGGUUUGUGCGAAAUCGUUUUCGAGACAAAGCGCCAUGGAGCAGCACGUUCUCAUCCACACCGGCAAGAAGCCGUACAUCUGCGACAUCUGCGGGCAGGCUUUCACGCAGAAGCCAGGACUGAUCUGCCAUCGCAAACGGCACGAGGGUCCACUGCCGCAGCUUCCGGUUAUGUCGGUCAAGGACAUCGUCCAAGAGUUCACUAAGAAAUACAGCACCAAGAAGACGAUCGUGAAUAACGAUUGA